AUGGCUAGAGAAUCAGGCAUUUCAGUCUAUGCUCAGAUUUCCACUCAGUAUGAAUCACAACAAAAGCAAAAUCUUGCAAGUUUCAUGAACGAAUUAAAAAGCCUUGUAUUUCUGCUUCGUCAGGCACUGCCUAUUCGCGGUCACGAUGAUGAUGAGGGCAACCUUCAUCGGUGUUUGAAGAUCUGCUUUAGUGAGCACAAAUGGACAGAAGACGGAAGAUAUUUGUCACCUGAAAUAGUGAAUGAACACUCUACCCUGCGCUCUGUGCUGGCCGACAUCAGACCAGCAAACUGGUUUGCAAUCUUAGCAGACGAAACGAGAGAUAUCUCAAACAGAGAGCAAUUAGUAAUCUGCAUAAGAUGGGUAACGGAACAGUACGAAGUACUGGAGGAACCAGUGGGUCUCUUGCAGCUUGACAAUUCUUCAGCAGUAACUAUCUUCUCUGCGCUGAAAGACUGCGUGAUUCGGCUGAAUAUCCCAGUCGAAAAGUGCAGAGGUCAAGCGUACGACGGCGCAAGCACGUUUCAAGGCUACACUUCUUGGGUUGCAAAGCGAUUCAGAGAUGAGGUUCCAUCAGCCAUUUCUGUUCACUGUCUGGCCCACUCAGUGAAUCUUGUGCUGCAGGAGACUGCAAAAAGAUCAAGAUUAUUAGAGAUGCACUUGAUUUUGCCCAGGAAAUAA